AUGGGUCAAGACAACGAGCCUAGAACCUACCGCUACAAUGAGACUCCAGUCUACACGGCCUCUAACGGCUGCCCAGUCAUGGAUCCCCAGGCUUCUCAGCGCAUUGGCCCCAACGGCCCGCUUCUGAUGCAGGAUUUCCAUCUAAUCGAUCUGCUCGCACACUUCGACCGUGAGCGCAUUCCUGAGCGUGUGGUUCACGCGAAAGGUGCUGGCGCCUACGGCAAGUUUGAGGUCACUGAUGACAUUAGCGAUCUCACGACCAUUGAUAUGCUCAAGGGUGUCGGCAAGAAGACCAAGAUACUCACCCGCUUCUCGACCGUCGGUGGUGAGAAGGGAUCCACGGACAGUGCCCGUGAUCCUCGCGGAUUCGCCAUGAAGUUCUACACCGAGGAGGGCAACUGGGAUUGGGUGUUCAACAACACCCCAGCUUUCUUCCUGCGUGAUCCUGCUAAAUUCCCCAUCUUCAUCCACACCCAGAAGCGCAACCCACAGACAAACCUCAAGGAUGCCACCAUGUUCUGGGAUUACCUCUCCACCCACCAUGAGUCAGUCCACCAGGUGAUGCACCUGUUCAGUGACCGCGGUACCCCAUACUCAUACCGUCACAUGAAUCGCUACUCCGGCCACACCUACAAGUGGAUCAAGCCAGACGGCACCUUCAACUACGCGGCCAAGCUGUCCGCCGAGAACCCCGACUGGCACACCCAGGAUCUAUUCGAGGCCAUCCGGCGCGGCGAGAACCCGUCCUGGACCUGUUACGUACAAGUCCUGAGCCCCGAACAGGCCGAAAAGUUCCGCUGGAACGUCUUCGAUUUGACCAAAGUCUGGCCCCAGAAUGAGGUGCCUCUGCGCCGUUUCGGCCGCUUCACCCUCAACAAGAAUCCACAGAACUACUUCGCGGAGAUCGAACAAGCCGCCUUCUCCCCCUCCCACAUGGUCCCUGGUGUCGAGCCCUCUGCCGACCCUGUCCUUCAGUCCCGCCUCUUCUCUUACCCCGACACGCACCGUCACCGCCUGGGCGGCAACUACGAGCAGAUCCCCGUGAACUGCCCACUGAAAGCCUUCAACCCCUCACACCGCGAUGGCUACAUGAACGUCAACGGCAACUACGGCGCCAACCCAAACUACCCUUCUACCUUCCGCCCGCUCGCCCACAAGCCCGCCAAGGCUAGCCAGGAACACGAGAAAUGGUCUGGUGCUGUCAUCGCCGAGCAGUACCCUGUGACCUCCGAGGACUACGUCCAGGCUAACGGCCUAUGGCAGGUCCUUGGCCGUACCCCUGGCCAGCAGGAGAACUUUAUCGGUAACAUCUCUGGUCAUCUGUGCGGCGCCGACGAGCGUGUUCGAAAGGCUACUUACGAGAUGUUCCGUCGUGUUAACGCAGAUCUUGGUGCUCGUAUCCAGUCUGCUACGGAGGCUCAUAUUACUGGUGCCCCGCCAGCACGUUUGUAG